AUGGCCACCAUAUCCACACAGCUCAGAAACUUCAAGGAGCCGACGCGCGAACAGCUCAACCACCUCUUCUUUGCGAUCCCGCAUGAAGCCGAGACCAGUGCUGCAGGUAAUGGCAGGGAGAAGGAGAAGGGCGGUGCGGGCAGCGAGCUCGAGAAGAUUGAGACCGGCAGGCUGUACCUGAUACCGCCCUACCUCGCCUUCGCGUCGCUCGACCGCAAGAGCGUGCGCUUCACGAUGCCGCUGAGCACGAUCCGCCGUGUCGAGCGGCUGAACGCCAAGGCGGGCGUGUAUGCGCUGAGCCUUGCGCUCUGGCACGGCAUGAAAAUCGUUGUGCAGAUCACGGCGCUGCGCCCGACAGCGGACCUCUUCUGCUCGCUGCUCCGUGACGCACUCAAGGUCGAGCUCGCGCGCGGCCAGAUGAAGGUCGUCAAGACGUUCGUGCAGACGUGCUACUCCGAAGUGUUCAUCGCCGCUACAAACGACGCGGACGGCAAGGAGGGCGCUGCAGGCCAGAAGAACGAGGCCCUGCCCGGCAGCGACCCCAACUCUGCGUACCUUGGCGGACUCGGAUUGAAGUUCAAGUUCCCAGGCGACCCUCGGAAGCUGCGCGAGGCAUCGAAGACGAAACUCUGGACGGCAUACCUGAAGGCGCACGGCCGCAACUUGACACUCAUACGCUAUCCACAGUGCACGCGACUGGUACAGGUCGGCCUUCCGAACCGAUUGCGUGGCGAGAUGUGGGAGACGCUCUCAGGUUCGCUGUACCUCCGCUUUGAGAACCCGGGCGUGUACGAGCAAAUCCUGGAGGAAAACAAGGGUCGUACGAGCACCAGCACCGAGGAGAUUGAGAAGGACUUGCAUCGCUCCUUGCCCGAAUACUCGGCAUAUCAGAGCGAAGAAGGUAUCACUGCGCUCAGGAGAGUGCUUCAGGCGUAUUCGUUCAAGAAUCCUGAGACAGGGUAUUGUCAGGCUAUGAACAUCCUUGCGGCUGCAAUAUUGAUCUACAUGUCGGAAGAACAAGCAUUCUGGUUGCUCGAGGUCAUAUGCGACCGCCUAUUGCCAGGAUACUACAGCCCCUCAAUGCACGGCACACUUCUCGACCAGCGGGUUUUCGAGUCUCUUGUGCAUCGGUGUCUUCCUAUUAUCUACGAUCACUUCACUACUGUCGACGUCCAGCUGUCUGUUGCAUCAUUACCGUGGUUCUUGAGUUUGUUCAUCAACAGCAUGCCCAUGGUCUUUGCCUUCCGGAUAAUCGACUGCUUCUUCUGCAUGGGUCCGAAGGUGCUAUUCCAAGUAGGUACUCCCAUCCUGAAAAUUAACGGCGAGCAGCUUCUUCAGAUUCAAGAUGACGGCGGCUUCAUCCACCUGAUGCGCGACUACUUCUCCUCCCUGGGCGCCUCCGCACACCCCGACUCACCCGACCCGCGCGCCCGCGCGAUCACACGCUUCCAGGAGCUCCUCCUCGUCUCCUUCCGCGAGUUCGCGGUCAUCACCGAUGAGACGAUCCAGAACGAGCGCAAGAAAUUCCGAGGUGAGGUCAUUCACAGCAUCGAGACCUUCUCGAAGCGGUCUGCGAUCCGGAACCUCAAGAGUCUGGAACGGUUUAGCAAGGAUCAAGCGGGCUCUAUCUACGAUGCGCUCUUCAAGGCGAUAUGCAUCGAACCCCCACCCGCGGUGUCCCUCCCUCCCCCUACGCUCUUGACGACCAAGGAGGGUCAGGAGGAGAGGCCUGAGACGCGUAUCGAACUGAAGACAUUUAGGGUAUUCUUGAGUGAAAUCGCAACAUGGGCCAGGAAUGAGAGGAUUGUGUCAAACGGGUUUCAGCAAAGAGUAGAAAAAGAAGUCGCGGAGCAUGAGUUUAUUGACCGACUUUUCUUCUUCUGGGAUGGGGACUACAGAGGGGCACUAUCUUUCCAGGACCUUGUAUCAGGGCUGGACGGCGUGAUGUUCAACGACCUCAUGGAGAACAUUGAAUGGUUCUUCAACCUCCACGACAAGAAUAAGGAUGGCUACCUGACAAAGGACGAAGUGCUCACUCUGUCAGAGUCAUUGUUGUUCAUCUUCCGCUUUGAGAUCGGUGAUGCGUACCUCGGGGCCGUCAGUCGAUUCAUGUCGAAUGCGUUCGAGUACGGUGAUGCAUUACUUCCUCGAUCGGAGGGGGCGGAUGGAGACGACGAGACGCCGCCGCACAUAGAGUCAAAUCAGCCCUACAUCAAUCUUGCAACGUACGUGUCUCUUCGUUGGUCCCUAACUUCUAACGGACCAGCUCUUAUAGAUUCCGUAUGGUUGUGCUCGCGGAUGAAAUCCUGGAGUCGUUCUUUGAGACAGAUUUCUCUGCCACGUUCAGGCUUGGACCAGUACCCAUGA